UGUUACUCUGCUGGCCUUUGGUGUCAUUUGACAGUGUGACAUUACAAUCGUAUAUCCAUCAGAGCAGAGAGCAGAACCUGCACAGGAGCGGCGGAGAGAACUCGUACUUUAUCCGUCGCGAGUUAUUUAAAACGUUGCGUGGUUUGGUUGUCGGCUCCUCUUCCUCACUUGGUUGCCACAACUGAGGCGGUGCUUGGUAUUUGGACGUCCCUUAGAGACUAUAUCUCCCGGCUGUUGUUCUCCUCCGGAGGCAGUUUUAAACCUGUUACGCUAGUUAUUGUGGACGAACAUGGCCGACACUCUGAGGAGACUAACCAAUACAUCUUCCUUCAGCGUCUUACAGGAGAAGCUCGAGAGCUGGUACAAAGACUAUCAUGUCAUUUCCUGUGACCAGAAUCUGAAUAGAUGUUGUGAACUAAUUGAACUAACUGCCAAGAUCCAGGGCCAACUGUUCUCCAUCCUCAACCGCACAGCUGCUGAGGGAGGACACUAUGCUGGAGUGGACACUAUCAAAAUGCGCCUGCUGCCUUGGCUUGGAACCUGCUUCUCAAUGGCGAGGCCCACGGUCACUGAUGACACCAGUCUGCAGCUUAUCCAGGAUUCAGUGGAAAAGGACAGGAGGAUCAGGGAGCUUUCUGUCUCCCAUGAUAGCGAGAUGCAAAAGAUGGACACUGAGCUGUGCUCCACUCGGCUGCAGUUGGAGUCCAUCAGAGCAGAACUGGUCGAAGCUCAGAAGGAGCUGGAUGAGAUAAGGAGCAAAUCAGCUACCACUCUGCUGGCCACUGAGGACGAAAUAUUGCAACUGAAAGCAGAUUUGCGAUCCGCACGUGAGCAGGUGGAGAUUUAUAAGAGGAAGCUGGAUGCUCUUGGUGACUAUGAGCGGCAGAUCCGCUUGCUGAGAGAUGAAGUGUCCUACCUGAGCACAGAGAAGGCCAUGCUGCAGGAGAGGUUGGUGAGAAGUCGUUCUCCGAGCCCCUUGCCCAGACUCAGCCGCUCCUCCAGCCCCGUGAGGAGCGAGUCGCCCACCAGAGCUCAGCUCACUAACUCCUCCCGCCACGCACGCCUUGUAUCGCGCUUCAAUGACCUGUAUGCAGUGGAGCGUCUGGAGGCCCAGACUCUGCUUCGACGUUACAUCUCUGACUUAGACAUGGUCCAGAAAAUCAUCUUCACUGCUGUUGUGGAAUCCUUUAAGACAGCAAAACUGGCUUUCCGUCAGUUUAAGCUGCGUGUGAGAAAGACAUUGUCCCCAUCCCACUUUGGACCAGAGAGUCUUGAGGAUGCAGCUGUGGACUACAUUGUCAGGAACUUGGACCUCUAUGAUGUUCAGGCCAGCGUCAAUGAUGUGAUCAAUGCCAUGAAUGUGAAUCCUCAGAUCUCCUUCCCGCCAGAGGUGGACUUUGUCCUCAUCAGUGCCUUGAUCAGGGACACGUGCAGGGUGGCCUUUGCCAUGCAGACACUGGAUCCUCCUCUUGACUUGGCCUUUGCCAGCGGUGGAGAACUUUACAAUGACAAUAAGUAUCGUCGUAGCUAUGACUCUGACUUCACUGCUCCUCUAGUGAUGCACCAUGUGUGGCCAGCCUUGGUGGAAGGAGAUGCUGUGCUAGUGAAGGGCGAAGCUGUGACUAGAAGAGGUGCUCUGUGGAGCAGAAGCCGGAGCAGGAGUGCCAGCCCUGUUCGCUCUCGCUCUCUCAGCCCAACUCGCAGUCUUGCAUUUAACAGCAAAAGAAGCCUGUCUCCUGAACGUCUCACAGCUAGCCAUCUAUGAAGGCCUCUCUGUCAUCUCACACCUCAUUUCAUCUGUAUGGCUACUCUCAUGCUUUCACCAAAUAAAGCAAUGAAAUCUUUAGAUACUGUAGCACUCAGAGGACUGCUCAGAGAUCACAUUUCUGGUCAGUGCUGACAGUAUUUUACUGUCAUUAUAGAUAAAAUAGUCUGGCAGCUAACUGAA